GUGCAGUGAGGAGCUUCAGACAGUUCGAAAUUGUUGUGUCAUUUCGCGUGUUGUUUGGAUAAGUUUAGACAGCAUUUGCAGAAUAGCAGGAUUUGAAGAACGUAGUAAUAAAUUGUAUUUUUACUGGUUUCUUUAGAACUGAGACUUCAGAACUUGUAUUUCGUAAUAUUCUAAAUUACUAUUACUAAGAUAGAGAAAUGGCAUGUUAUUACGAUGAACAUAACUGUAAACCCUUAGCCUAUGGAGAACAACCUGACGAACUACUUCACUUGGCAAGGUUGCUUUUAGACACUGGGGUAGGAAUUGAACUUCAGAUAGAAUUUGAACGACUUUUUCCUGGUGAAAGGGGAAAGCCUCCAGCAUCGAAAGCAGCUAUAUCCAAACUGAAAACAGUAAAAAGUUUUUCUGAAGGUGAAAAGUGUCCAAUAUGUCUGAAAGAAUACGAGGAAGGAGAGGUUGUGAAACAACUGCCUUGCUGUCACAAAUUCCAUUUUUCCUGUGUUCUUCCUUGGUUAGGAAAGACCAACACCUGCCCUGUUUGUCGACAUGAGCUAGACACUGAUGAUCAAGAUUAUGAAGAGUACAAGAGGCAGAAGAAGAGCAAAGCCAAGCAACAAGAAAUGCUUCAAAAUCUACAUGAUUCCAUGUUUACCUAGUGGAACUGGCAUUCUAUGGAUUAAACUUCACUAAAUAACGGGUGACUAAAUGUGUAAAAUAACUUUUAAUAAAAAAUCUUCACAUAGAAAUGGGUAUAAUACUAAGCCUUCCUGUUUACCUCUACAAUUACAAGAAAGCGAUAAUAGCCACUAUUAUUUUUGUUAAUAUUUUUAUUGUUAAUAUUGCAUUUCCUUGUAAAAAUUUGAUAAUAUUUUGUGUAGGCGUGAUAUUCAUAUCAGAGGUCUCUGAAAACGUAGAAAAUAAGUAAAUAACAUUAAGUCAGAAGAGUAUUCAGAAGCCACAUUAUAAUAUGACCAUGAUUAGUACACAACAAACCAUCUAAGCAUCCUGUGGAGAGGAAAAACUCCAUUUACGGCAUCCUUGUGAAUAUGGGAUCCAAUAUAUUGGAGAAACAAAAAGACCAAUAUAUAGUCAUACAAGAUUUCGUAAUACCAAUCUACCUGCAAUAGUCUAUCUGCCAAAGAUGAAGACCAUAUAAAGAACUAGAAUAACACUAAAAUAGUUGAAUAUGAAUCACACAUGAGAAAAAGAAAGGAAAAAGCCUUCUACAUCCACCUAAGACUUCUAAGUGAUAAAGAUCACCCUAGCAUAAAAGAAGUCAACAAAACUUGGAUACCCUUUCAAAAACAUUCAUGUACUUAAUUUAUUCAAGCUCCAAUUGGGAAACUACAGUCAAGUUGAUAACACACCAGACUUCCAUCGAGAAGACCUAGGAUUGAAUUCUGGCCACUGCCACUCCAGAAAAUGGUCCUUCUCAGGACUUCCCUGAAGAUAGCUGCAGAUUAGCAGUUGAAACAUAGGAUAAAAACUAGUAAGUAAUUAGUAUCUAAUUAUCUAAAAAAAUUAGAUAUAUGUUAAUAAUUAGACUUGAUAAUCAUGUAUGUUACUAACCACGAAAACAGACCUAUCAUUUAGUUCAACAGUAAUCUCAUGAUGUCUCCUUACGUUACUUAAUGUCAUACUUAAUUUUAAAUACAAAAUUGUAUCACAUUAAGUGUAAUAAAUAUGAAUAAUAUUUGUCCUACAAAAUUUUCAUCAACCAUGUUUACUUUAAACAAAAAAAAGAUUUAUCACAACACUUGCUUACAAUAAGUUACAUUAAACUAUAAACACACACAUUCUAAUCCUAAUAAUAGUAUACCACUAGAGGAAUGCCUAAUAUGGUGACUUGUCAUUAUUUGUAGAUGAGUAAAACAAUACCACACAACAUCAGUUAAGAAGGGAAAUACUUAAUGUGCAGUUGUAACUGUAAGUACUUACUUGAGAUCAAGGAAAUAGUACUUGAUAAAAGUGGAAAGUACUUAAUAUGCUGGUUGUAGGCAUUGCUUAAAGACCAGUGAAAUAAUACAAAACUACAUAGGAGGAUGAGAGGAGUAUAUAUGUACUGACUGUAAUCACUGCUUAGAGACCAUUGAGGCAAACAAUACAAGAUAACCUUACUAAUACUUAAGGGAAGGUUAAACCUGAAGGGCUGUUUCUCAAAAACAUGAAUUAUAUAGAAGCUCUUGAGCUUCAGUGCAGAAAGGUUUGAGGAUUAAUACUUGUAUGUAUCAAAGAUAAGGUCAAUUUAAUAGAACAGAACAAUACUGUGCAUAUUCUUUAUUAAUACACAGCAGAAUAAACACUGUGUAUGAAAACCAAGAGUAAUUUAUUACAAGAAUAAAAAUAUUGCAAAAAAAUUUGCAUUGCAUUGAAAUCAAUAGUACAGAGUGCAUUCAGCUAAAAUUUGCUAUAAUCUUACUUUGGUAAAAUAAAACUUGUGUGAUCUGUCAA